AACCAGCACUACAAUACUUUCCAGAGCAUCAUUGUAAUAUCUUUGCACUUAUACAACAUACCUAAAAAGAUUGUCAAGAUAAUCACUAGACUUGGACUCUUAAUCUCAAUGGGCUCCAUUUGUAAUGCCAUUCACUCACUUUCACAAAAAGCCCAUCAGUAUAUUUAA